CAGCCAUCUUGAGUACAGUUGUGCACUUGGAGAGGAGAUGAGAAUUAUAUGACCGAGAAAAACGUCAAUAUUAGACAAACUACAUCUAAAGGAUUCAUUUUAAUUCUCUAGUUCGUUGUUUUCUUGUAUGCCACACUUCCCGUUCGCACGAGUGAACAUUGAUUGAAUCGAUAUCGACCAAGCCAGCAGUUAACGUAUCGGGCUAGCUUCACGGGUUUCGUUUUUGCCUUCAGCAGUGUAGCUCGACUGCAAUCCUUUCUCGAUUGACAUAUCUAAAAUACGAAAUAUGGUUUCUGUGAUUCAAGAUUCGGAUUUUGAAGACCGCUAGAGACAAUAUUGCGUUAUUUGCAUGUUGUGGACAAACAACGUUUUGAAUACACACAGCCUUCGGUAGAAUGCCUGGUCAAUGUUUUCUCCGGCGUCAACUUUCCUUUGGAUGUGAUUUUGGGAAAGGUGUAAUGUUUGCAAGAGUGAAACUUGGUCAGUAAAAUGUAAUUACGCAAACUCGACUCAUUGCAUUGGUGAUUUAACUGGUGAGGUAACCAGUAAGCAAUAUUGGCAAUCUUAAACCUAUGCAAAUCCGGUUUAUGUUAACGGUGAUGCCAUAUAGCUUUCUAGAUGAAAGAGUAUCGCUAGAUAGUCGGAAAAAUUGCAACAAAGUAACCGUUUGUGAUUAUUUUUGCUGGUACAUAGUCAGUCUAGCGCUAGACAUUGUUUCUAAAAUGCGACAAUGUUGCAUUAUUGUGUGCAGAAUGGAUACACCAUGCUGCAAGUACAUUAACCAGUAGUCAAACAAGCUAUUCGUCGGUUUAAUCAAGUCUUUUUUUUUGCACUAGUUUAGUUUCUUUUAUAGAUAUUUUUUUAUAUAUUUUUUUUACAUGUGUUUCAAACCAUGUCCCAUGCCACAAGAAUACAAUAAACACUAAGGAUUGUGAAGUGGACAUUUUUAUGCUGUAUAUUAACAAGCAUUGCAGCUCUUUCAAUCAGUCAGUCACCUGAUGCUUUUGCUAUAAAAAGGUACUCUGAUACUUUGGACGCUAAUCCCAUAGGAUUCGUGGCACCAGGAUUUACUCGAAAUAAAGGAUUUGACAUUCGACCGAAAAUGGGACCAGCGACGAAACUGGCAUUCGGCGUCUUUCUGAUCUCAUGUUCUUCAGGGGCGAUCCUGGGUCGGACCGAAACACAGGAGUGUGUCCACUAUAACUACAACCCCAACCCAGCUGCCAUCCAGGAGAACCGAGGGAACCGCAGUGGCAUCGAGACGUGUGCCGGGGAGAAGGACAAGCGGAGACACUGUUUCGCCACCUGGAGGAACGUGUCGGGAAUCGUAGAUAUCGUAAAGCAGGGCUGUUGGCUGGAUGAUCACAACUGCUAUGACAGUACUGAAUGUGUGGAGAAGAAAGAGAGCCCAGACGUGUUCUUCUGCUGCUGUGAAGGAAACAUGUGUAAUGACAAGUUUGUCUACACUCCCGACAACACACAAGCUGUUCAGACAACAUCGAACCCGGUUACCCAGAAGCCUCCUGUCUUCACCACUCUGAUGUACUCACUGGUGCCCAUCAUAGGCAUCACUGCCAUCAUCCUCUUCUCCUUCUGGAUGUACCGCCAUCACAAGCUGGCAUACCCGCUAGUCCUGGUGCCCACACAGGACCCGGGGCCCAUGCCUCCCUCCCCCAUCCUGGGACAGAAGCCUCUGCAGUUAAUUGAGAUCAAAGCCAGGGGGCGCUUCGGCUGCGUGUGGAAGGCUCAGUUGCUCAACGAUUACGUGGCUGUCAAAAUAUUCCCCAUUCAGGACAAGCAGUCAUGGCAGAACGAGUAUGAGAUCUACAACCUGAGUGGGAUGAGGCAUGAGAACCUGCUCCACUUCCUGGGAGCAGAGAAGAGGGGUAACAACAUGGACAUAGAGCUGUGGCUGAUCACAGCCUACCAUGAGAAGGGCUCGUUGACAGACUAUCUGAAGGCCAACGUGUUGUCGUGGAGCGAGCUGUGCCACAUAGCCCAGACCACGGCUCGAGGCCUGGCCUACCUCCAUGAAGACAUCCCUGGUCUGAAGGACGGACACAAGCCAGCCAUUGCCCACAGGGACAUCAAGAGUAAGAAUAUCCUUCUGAAGUCCAACCUGACGGCCUGCAUCGCUGACUUUGGCCUGGCCCAGAGGUUUGAGGCUGGGAAAUCCGCUGGGGACACGCAUGGACAGGUGGGCACCCGGAGGUACAUGGCCCCUGAGGUGCUGGAGGGGGCCAUCAACUUCCAGCGGGACUCGUUCUUGAGGAUAGACAUGUAUGCCCUGGGACUGGUGCUAUGGGAACUGGCAGCACGCUGCAAGGCUGCUGAUGGCCCAGUGGAUGAGUACAUGCUGCCGUUUGAGGAGGAGAUUGGCCAGCACCCAUCUCUGGAAGACAUGCAGGAUGUUGUAGUCCACAAAAAGCUGAGGCCCAUGCUCAGGGAGUGCUGGCAGAAACACACUGGCCUGACCAUGCUGUGUGAGACCAUCGAGGAGUGCUGGGACCACGAGGCGGAAGCGCGCUUGUCGGCAGGGUGCGUGGAGGAGCGCAUGGUGCAGAUGCAGCGCCUCAACAACGUCACCGCACCCGAGGAGAUCGUCACAGUCGUCACCAUGGUGACCAACGUGGACUACCCCCCCAAAGAAUCCAGCCUAUGACUAGGCGUAUGAACAGGAGAACAGAUCCCAAAGAGACUCGCCUCCCUAAGCAGAAGGUCAGGACUCUUUCCAAUGUUCGUCGCUAACUCUGGGACUAUACCCAAAGAGGCGCCAAAAUCAUUUAGUGGACCUGGGUUCAUGGAGAAUGAUCCAGUUUUAAACUGGUUCCUAUUGCAUUUAGCUACAUGUGUACCUAAAGACUUGCUCAUGCCCAGGUCUUUUAAAAGGGGGGAGUGGGGAGGGGGGGACAAUCAAUCAUCUAGACCCCUCACUGAACAAAUAUUUUUGUCCAGCACCUUGACAAUGGACAAAGUCAUUUUAAAGUUGACCUUUUGGUUGAUAUUACCAUUUUUUUUGUAAAAUUAAAGGAAAAUGUACUUCCUGGACUGACUUCAGUUUUUUUUCUAAGAAAAGGCGGAACAGGAGAGAAGAAGAAUCGAGACACACAGUUGACUUCAUUUCAGUAUAAAAAAAAAGGGCAACUUGGUUUUUAAACACUUUUGCUGUUUGUGUUUCUCCGAAUGACUACUGUAAUGCCAAUAAGAAACAGCUUCUGAAUGUCUGUGUUUCGCUGCUGUACAGAGAGAGAGAGAGAGAGAGAACAGCGUAAUCAAGGUUAUUUAUCCGGACCUGCCUCACAGCAUUUCUAUACAAAUAACCAUCAACCUCUUGAGUCUCUCAACAAGGUAUACCUCAGUUGUACAUCCUACAAAUAAGUAUGUUUUCCUUUGUAACACUAAAACCACUACAGGACAUUGACAUUCAGAUGACAUGUUUGGUAUUGAACCUUUUUCAAAUAAUGGAGUAUGCCAACAAAAUGGCCAUUCACAAACAAGUGUUUCUGCCUUCUUCGUUUCUGUUUGUGUAUAUUUUCUAUGUUGCCCCUGCUAUUCAAAUGUGACUGUGAGCAUUGUUGUUUUUACCAAAAUGUUUUGAACUUUUUAAACAUCCCUGAAAAUAUGAAAAUAUUUGAGGAAAAAUACUUUAAAGCACUUCCCUUUUUAGGUUUGCGGUGUCCACAUAAUAUUAAAAACGCAUGCCUUUUUUUGUUUAGUUUAGUUUUUGAGCCUCUAUGUAAAAGUGUGACGCUAAUGUCGGUUGUUUGAAACCCCCUUUUGAUUUGAAACUAAAAUGUCUACAAUCCACUGUAA